AUGUCCGUGAAACCCCCACAAACUCUGGAGAGCCGCAUCUCCGACUUGCUCACCGCAUACCGAGCUCACAACCACGGCCAAACGUACGACAAGAACUUUGCCAAGUUGACCCAGAACAUCGCUUACCUCAUCCGCGAGCGCGAAGCGAACGCCAGUCCAGAUAACGUCUCGAUCGUCAGCGCGACUCGCAUUGACACUAAGCGAGGCCUUGCGCCGAGGGAUAUGCUUGCGGUGCUAUAUCGUGGACGCGAGAAAACGCACAAAAUUGCCGUGGUCCUGAAGCAUGGUGAUGAUGACUGGAUCGGUCUGCUGACUGACGUGGUCGACGUGAAAGUGAAGAUGGCACUGGAAAGCAUGAUGUAA